AUGUUUAUGUUUUCGAGUAAGCUAAACGGACUUCAUUCUCCUAAUUGUAGUAGUGUGGAAUUUUUUGAAGCAAGCAGUUUAAACUGUCGACCGUGUCCAGCUAAUAGUUCUAUGACUGCUUCUGAAGAUGGUUUAUCAUGUAUUUGUGAAAAUGACAGCAUUAAAACAGAAUUAGCCCGGUGCCGAGUAUGCAACGUGACGGAGGUAGUGUCCGCGGAUGGCUAUACUUGUGUACCGCGACGAUGUCAACUCUCUUCUGGUAGAAUUGUAUGUAGAAAGUGUCCAAACGAUUACAUAUCUGUUACACAAAAUCAUGAUGGAACACCUCUGACAGAAGUACAAUGCGUAAAGUGCGCACGCGGAUACAAAGUUCAAAAUAACAUUUGUACCAAGUGCGAGAUUUGUGCAUGUAACAGAAACGAAGUCAUAGUUCACGGGAAAUGUUUACCGAAAAAAUAUGUCAUGCAACGACCGAGAUACGAAGAAAAACGUCUUCAUCCGUCUGAUUUACUAGACAUCGUCAAAUAUGAAUAUAUGUGUAUUAACUCUGAUGUAGCAGCUUGUCGCUGGCUGGCUAAUGCGUGUGUGAGUAAUUUUUAUUCCUCGGAUCCAGCGGGACCAUGUAGACUUUGGAUAUUCCCAAACUUAGUCACCCAUAAAAUUCUACCCACGCUUACAAACAAAUCAAAUAAAUCCAGUUCGGACGACAAAGAUUCAAAUGAAAUAAAUUUGUCUAAAGGACAGAAUUCAUUGUUAAUAACCGCAAUAAGCUAUGAAAAUAAUGGUAAAUUUAAAUAUCUUCACAAUCCUGGAAAGAAAUUUAUCUCCUGUUUUCCUCCUUUUACUUUAACCAUAGGCGAGAAUUACUCGUAUGAUUGUAAAGUUAAUGUGUCAGAAUUAUCUACGUCGAACAAUGAACUUUUUACAUUGUUUACUACUUCUGAUGAGAAUAUGACACCGAUUUCGAUUAAACUGCGAAAACCUAACGGUCACAUUGUCCAGAAAGGAUUGUGGCCUUUGAAUGAAUUUACAAAAUAUUUUUUGUAUCGCCGAUCACUUUCUGCAACUGCAAACAUUACUGACUUGAUUUAUCUGCGUGUUUUUCUAAUAAGCCUUCGUAUUGAACGAAAACAACAGAGUUUUGGCUCGCUAAAACUACAUAUAAAUUUUGAAGCACAGUAUGCCGUCAAGUUUCCAUUCUCCGACAUUUUCAGUACUUCUUUAAUUGUGACGCAUAUUUUACCCAGCGCUGGAGUUCUUCGUGGUUUAGAGAUAUGGGGUAGUAUUCUUAGUAUUCUGAUGGCAAUAUAUGCAAUAGCACAGUGGCGCGGAGUACUGCGUCGAGGAGGCCUUCAAAUUUCCUUGUUACCUCUCAUUGCUGGAUGCAUCGCGGACGCUCUUUAUUUUGCUACAUGGUCUUCAGUCAUGCACGCAUUAGCCGCGGAAGCGGGAACACUUGAAUUAACUUUACCGCUAUCACAAUCAGAGGAACGUGUGAUAGAAGGAAUAAUUUACGCCAUCGUUGCCUUAAAGGUUGUAAAAGUGGCGUACGUAAAUUGGAUUCAAUGUCGUUGUGACAUAUACUUUAUUGACUGGUCCGAAUACACUCCUUAUUUCAAAGAUACGCCAAUAAAUGAGCAGUCAAAUACUUACUGGAAACCAGCGAUCUUGGCGAGAGAAUGGGCAGCCAUGCAAACGAAAAGAAGAACGUCACCAGUAGCUACAGUUACUUUGACUCUCCUCAUUUUAAACCUUAUGAAACCGUGGCAAGCCGUUCUACCGAAGAGUCAGGGUUACAAUUGGGCUGUUGCCUCCAUCGCUUGGUGGACUUCAUAUACAGUCGCCUUUUUGGGUCAGAUGAUUGUACACAGAGUUUUUGGGUCUCCUUUGACCAUUCUUCCAAAGAUUUGUUCCAGCAUUGAAUUCUCCUUGUUAGUAUUUCAAGAGGAUCUUUACGCUCAUUAUGUUCACGGGCGAAAUGACAACACUUCAGAAGCAAGAUAUCUAUCAGGUCCGUUAACAACGUGCCGUGUAGUCUGUGCUACACAAUUCAGGGCUAUCUGUAAGCAAUUGUUGGCGGCCGGAGAGCGUUCUUUAGAAAACACGAAAUCAAAACAAAUAUUAAUAACAAGAUUUCUAGGAGCAUUCUUUGAAAGAGCUCUGGAUGGACUAAGCUGGGUGGCUAAAGAAAGAACUAUACUCGAAAAACUUUUAGAUAUCGAGCUGAUAGUUCGAGAAGGAAGCACUACCAGUAUACUGCUCUACGAUGCCCAAAAUUCGCCGCCGUCGUGUUUUACAAUUACGUGGUGGGGUGCUGAAUGGACACUUGCUACAUUGGAUGCCAUGAUGUUCGGUAGCGUACUGUAUGCUACUAACGAACCAAUGUUAGCUGCUUUAACGAUUUUAACACUGUGCCAGAUAAUGAAAUACACUGUAACAUGGUUUGUAAGAAGGAAUGUGAGGGUUAAAACAAAUAUUGAAAGUUUUUAA